ACCACUCAUUCAAAAUUUGAAGUCCCCGGAGUGUUAUCUCGGCUCGGUAUACACUAUACUAUUAUUUUGUUCCUGUUUUUGAAAGCCAUGUUGUUUAUUUGGUCUAGUGAUUGGCUGUACUCCUGAAUCCAAGAUGGCGGAAGAAGCUGAUAAACUUAAGAAGCAUUUGGACCUGUUAAGACAGGAGUAUGUUAAACUUCAACAGCGAUUGGCUGAAGUUGAAAAGAAAUACAACAUAGUCACUGCAGGUGCUGCUGGGCCUGACGAUGACAACUUCAUUUCAAGAUUACUACGCACUGUAGCAGAUCUCUUUGAUAAAGAUUUAUAUAGUGAUUUAACAAUUGCAGUAGAUGGAAAAGAGGUAAAGGCUCAUCGUUUUGUUCUUGGAGCACGGAGCAACAAUUGGGGUGUGGCAGACCUAGCUGAUGUGCAAUCUUUAGAUUUUACUGGCAUUCCUUAUGAUGUUGCAAUGACAUUAUUGAAGUGGGUGUAUACUGACCAGGUUGAGUUACAGUCUGACGAUAGCUUCAUACUCCAGCUGAUGAGUGCAGCAAGCACCUAUGAACUGGAUGUCCUAAGAGAUCGGUGUGAAAAAGCUCUGAUGUCAUCAGUAACUGUGCGUAAUUGUAUUCGUUUCUACCAGACAGCAGAACAAAUUGGUGCUUCAUCAUUGAAAACAUAUUGCUCUGAGCUUAUAUCUAAUCAUUGGAAUGAUUUCACAAGUGAUGAUUUUGUGAGCAUGACAGCACCUCUGUUGUACAAGAUGUUCAAAGCCAAGACCACGUUCCCGCUGCACACAGCUAUUAGACAUCGCAGAGAAGAUGUAGUCUUCCUCUAUCUCAUAGAGUUUGAUGCUUUGCUGCCUGACAAGCUUGAUGAAGUUGAUGAGAAUGGCGAUCUUCCGUUAGACUUAGCAUUGUCCAGUAAACAGGAGAGUGUUGCAUCUGAACUCAUCAAACACAAAGUAAAUGUUAACAGAAUGGACAGUAAAGGUUGCUGUUUACUUCAUAAAGCACUGACAAGAGGAGAUGAAUUUUCAGCUACUUUCCUUAUUCAAAACGGUGCUAAGUUGAAUAUAGUGAGUCAGCUGGAGUUAGAAACACCUCUUCAUGUUGUGUCGUCAUACAAUCCUAGUUUAACAGUGAGUGAGGUGUUGGCUGGUAUGCUGAAUGUGGCAACACUUCUUCUGGAGAAGGGGUGUCACAUCAAUUUACAAGAUAAGCUAGGAAACUCGGCACUUCAUCGGAGCAUUACGUCAAAGAACAAAGAUGUGUUUAAUUUAUUACUAUCAAACAGACAACUCAAUUUAGAUUUACGAAAUGUUCAAGGAGAGACACCAUUGUGGUUAGCGUUGGAUACUUCAGAUGAUUAUGGAGAAGAUAGUUUUGCUGGAAAGCUGAUAACAAGGGGUUGCAGCCCUGAUGCAGUCAACCCAAGUACAGGUAGCACGCUACUCCAUCUUGCUGCACAAGCCAAGAACGAGGCAGCUUGCUUGUUUCUUGCCACUCAUGGAGCUUCCUCCAGUAUUGCCAAUAACCAGGGUGAAGUACCAUUACAUAUAGCUUCUAAGCAAGGCCUCUCAAACCUAGCUGCUCUACUACUUAAAAAGGGUGCUAACCCCAAUGCACAGACUCUAGAAGAUGUCUCAUCCAGGGUGGAGGGCCUGAGCCUUGAAGGAGAUCGCUCUGACCUGCUACAUGCUUCUAAGCAAACUCCUCUUCACAUGGCCAUCACAUAUCAACAUGCAGAUGUUGUUAAUGUUUUCCUGGAGCAUAGAGCUGCAGCAAUGGACUCGCAAGAUGGUUUGUUAAUCAUCCCAGAUUUUAAUAUUUAUGACAGUAAUGAACAAACAGUGCUUGGAUUGGCCUUGUGGACAGGCCUUCAUAACUUUGCUGCUCAACUCCUAGGGGGCGGUGCUAGCAUUAAUCACAUAACCUCUGAGGGUACAACAUUGCUCCACUCAGCUAUUUUACAACAAGAUACAAAGAGCGCCCUCUUCCUGUUGGAGCAUCAAGCUAAGCUAAAUAUUAAAACUAAAGCUGGUGAAACACCUCUUCAAUUGGCCAUCAGGAGGCAUCUACCAGUUGUAGUUGAUGCAUUGUGUGUAAGAGGGGCAAAUAUGAACACACCUGAUGAUGAUGGCAACCCUCCCUUGUGGAUGGCAUUGGAGACGGGUCAGGAAGAUGUCGCAUCAACUCUGGUUCGUCAUGGCUGCGAUACAACAAGUUGGGGAAAAGGCCCAGAAGGCUGUCAGCAGACACUCCUACACAGAGCUAUUGAUGAAAACAAUGAAGCAGUUGCCUGUUUCCUAAUUAGGAGUCAGUGUGAUGUGAAUAGUCCACGCAGACCUGGUCCCAAUGGUGAAGGGGCUGACGUGUGUGCAGAUGGCCAGGGACCUCUUCAUCAAGCCUGUCAGUGGGGUCUUGAAGAAGUUGUUCAAUGCUUGGUCGAGUUCCAAGUCGAUGUUAAUGCUAAGGAUGCUGAUGGCCAGACCCCUCUUCAUAUCGCUAUCAGCAACCAGCAUCCAAUCAUCAUUGGCCUGCUAAUGUCGCACCCCUUGCUGGAUCUGACGUUGAGAGACAAGUCUGGACUGACACCCUUUGCAGCAGCAAUGACGCAUAAAAACAACAAAGCAGCGCAGGCUAUAUUGGACAGGGAGCCAAGGGCAGCAGAGCAGGUUGAUAACAAAGGUAGGAAUUUCUUGCACGUUGCUGUGCAGCAGUCUGAUAUUGAGAGCGUGUUGUUCCUAAUCAGCAUACGGGCCAAUGUGAAUUCACGAGUACAGGACCAUUCUGCUUACUCUCCACUACAACUGGCGGUACUUGCUGGAUCUGAAAUCAUUGUACGCAAUUUGUUGCUUGCUGGAGCACAAGUGAAUGAUCUAAACAGUAAUAAGCAGACAUCGUUGCAUAUGGCUUGCGAAGCAGAUCAACCUAGCUUAUGUAGUGUACUCAUUGAUAAUGGCAUCAAUGUAGAUGCUCUGGAUCUUCAAGGAAAUAAUGCACUUCACACAGCCGUGUAUCAUGGGAAUUUAAAUUGCAUCAGGAUACUUCUAACUGAAUCAUCAAUCAACGCAGAAGCUGUAAAUUUGAAGUCACAGACACCAAUGCACAUAUUAGGGCAAUAUGGCAGGGAUAAUGCGGCGGCCAUUUUUGAUCUAUUUAAAGAGUGCAUGCCUGCUUAUCCUGUGGAGAAACAGAAUGCGGAUGGCAAUACAGUGUUGAUGCUGGCAUACCAGAAUGGUAACAGUGGGUUAUGCAGGACAAUUGUUCGAUCAGGAGCUAGUCUGGGGACUCUGAACAAACAAGGACAGUCAAUAUUCAAUGUUCCAGUCGCCACUAAGCAGCUUCUUUUUAGAAUGCUUGACAUGUUAUCAAAGGAGCCAACUUGGUCAGAGAGUGAAGUUUGUCAGGAGUGUCAAGCUAAGUUUGGAAUUAAAACAAGAAAACAUCACUGCCGUCACUGCGGUCGUGUCUUGUGCGCCAAGUGUUCGUCGAAGAUGGUUCCCAUCGUUAAGUAUGAAUUGACCAAACCAGUGAGAGUCUGUGAUGUGUGCUUUGAUGUUAUUUCCCUAGGAGGUGUAUCGUAAGGCCACCUAGGUCUAGAAAUUGGUGGUGCUUUGAAAUGCCUUGAAGGGCCAAGAAAUUGGGUUGUUCUUUGACCAACUAAGCUGAGCUAAUAUUGGUGUUUUUUAAGCCUUUAUUGGUCAUAUAAGUGAUGGUGGAUGGUAUUUUGUGUAUAGUGUACUUCAAAGAAUAACCCAACCAUGGUUCUUGUGAGGGGGAAGUAUUGGCUUCAGAAAGUUACUGACAGGGGUUCCGACAACUUCAACAGGUGUUCUGAAGAAGGGGCUGCCUAUAGAGUCUGGUCAGGGUGAAGUCCCUGUCUGUGAGGUCAAGCGGGAGAAAUGUUGUGAUUUAGGAUGCUGAAAAUUGUAAAUUUAGACCACAAUAGUAGCGACUACAAUCACAAUUACUUUAGUUGGUUUGGCAAAUGCAUAGCAUCUGACGACAGGGGAUUUGUGGUGACGUGGAAGAUUAACCCGGCUAGCUUCUUGUAAAAGGUUGUGUUUCAAAAACUAUGUUGGUCUGGAUUGAAUUGCCAGGCUGUAGGUAUGUUCUGAUUGCUAGGUUUAACAGUACUGCAUGUUGUGUAUGAAAAAGUAUUAAGAUGUAUUUGUUGUAUUCAGUUGUAUUUAAAUAUAUUUUAUUAAACUUCAUGGUCAAUGAUCAUGGUUGUAGACAUUAAGGUGCCAGUUAAGUUGAAAAUUAAGAAGUACUUUAUUUCCACAGAGAAAACCAUAGCCUGGAUAAUGUAUUGGUCAUUAUAAUAAUUUGAUUGUAGGACCUGAACAAAUAAUAAGGAGGUACCUGUAGUUAUAUUUUACAUCCACUAGGAGAGGGAAUACACAGGCACAAAGAUCGACUAAUGAGGAGAACUUAUUUAGAGGAACAAAAAAAACACUAGGAAACAAGGCUAUUGAACAAGCAAAUGGUAACAACGAACAAAAGGAUAGCUAGAAUGGAGGAAUAGUAUUAUUAUAUUAUAAUUACUUCUUUAGUUAUAUUAAAUUGAAAAAUUCAGAUGGUAAAUUGGGUAUUUAUAUUUUUAUUGUUUGUUAUUCUAUAAUGGCCUUAUAGAUUGAUUGAUUGAUACUAAUACUGGCUUUGAUAAUUAUUAUAAUUAUAAUAGUAAAAAGAAUAAAAAAUAUUAUUUAGAAUAUUAUUAGUGAAAAACAUAGUAUAUUUUGUGCAAUUUACAAGAUACUGGUUAAGUUUUUGUCUGUCAGUCUGAACUGGCAGUGUUUGAUCAGACUUUUUCUAAAACUCUGUCCACAUUAUCACAUUUUCUUCGACAAAAAACUGUUGUAUGCCCAUAUAUAGUCAUGAUGUGCCUAUAUAUGGUCAUGAUGUGAUGAUGUCAUGCCCAUUAGGCAUGUCUAAUAUUUUUGUCAAAUAAAAUUUGACAGUCUGUACAGGGCUUUAAGCUGUGUCCACACUGUCAAAUUUGAUGUGACUGACAAGUACCUGUGAUUUGUCCAUAAAUGAUGCAAUAUGACAUCAUCAUGACAAUUGUGACAAUUUACACAAAUUUGUCACAUUAAAUUUGACAAUCUGCACAGGGCUUUAUGCAGUGCUAGAGCAUUGUCUGGCUUGCAAUAGACAUUUAAAAAAGAAACUGUUAGUUUGAUCAGAUAAUUUUGUCAUGUAGUGUAUCAUAAGACCACCAGGCCUAGAAAAUGGUGAUUUCAUUUCUUUAGGCACAAGUGCCAAGGAUAUGCCAAUAAGUGAACAUAAUCAUUAUCCUACGUGGCAUAUCCAUUUAACAACAGGGGACUUAAUGGACCAGUACACCGGGAAACCCCUACUCUUCUCGAAGGAUGUACUGGGUUCUUUAAAGUGCACACGAGCCAAAUGCGAGUGAGCUGUUCGAACCAGCGCCGAUAUUAGAGCUGAAGUUUGCGGUGCCCUGACUUAACCGCUCAGCCAAUCAGCUUUUAUAAGAACAUCCUGGGCAAAGAAAUGACAGUCAUUUUUAAGGCUGUCAAGAAUACCCUAUCUGGGUCUUUCAGUUGUGCUGUUUUAAUCUGCAAAACUACAUGAUACUAGCAAGAAUAACCGUAAUUCUUUUAGUCCUUGGGAUAGUCAAGUGGCAGAGUGGUAAGGCAGGGGCGCCUUAACUAACGUCAGUGCUGAUUCAAGCCGCUCCUCGCUUAACUCAAAUUAUUUUUAUUUUACAUGGCAAAUUGUUGUGUUUUCCAUUAAUUAACGAUCUAUAAGUCAAAUUUUUUCCAAGUCAAACAAUUUUCUCAAUGCCAUUUUGGAUUCGACUUAGGCAAGUUUAGCUGUACACAUCUUGCUUGUGUGCACUUUAAAGAAGCCAUUGCAUCUUUCCGAAGAGUAAUAGUUACUGUGACGCUAUGGUUCAUUUCAGCUCCAUUCAUGGAAUGAACUAAGCACCUCUCUAUGGUUGCUACAGUAGUCACGGGCCACACCUAUAUGCAAUUCAGCACAAUGACGCUGCAGGUUAUGGGUUAUUCCCCUACGCAUUUACCUUUAUUUUAUGCAACAAAAGUUUGUCGACAGGGACGGUCCAACAAGUUAGACAAAGAAACCAUUUUCAUUAAUGUAAUAGAUUUUUUUUUUACUUUCAGAAUAAGACAUUCUUGCAAACAAUGACAUGUCUAUGAAAGAUGCAAUUUAGACUACCAGCAAUGCUUUUAUACAAAGAAUAAUACACUAAUAUCUAACCUCUCUACCCAGUAUGUCCUUCAACCUACUCACAAUGCCUUCCCAGAUAUUCCCAGGUAAACUACUAAUAUACUCCAACUCAGCAUCUUGGCUAGAUUGAUACUGUAUGCUGUAUUAGUGUCUAAGGUAGUAAACCAGAUUCAUUAUGACAUUCAAAUUAACAUUUUAAUCAAAAAAAGAUGUAUUAUAUUCAUUUAUUUAAAAUAUAUAUAUUUUAAACAUUUUAACUCAUUUUGUAUAACCCUGUAUUCUUGAGUAGUUGCAUGCAAAUAUGAAAUAAGCUGAACUAGCUUAGUCCCAGCUGUAAAUGUAAGCUGAAGGAAUGUGAUGCUAAAGUCAUUUUUUGAUUGAUUCAGUGUUCGGGUUUAGCUGGGUUACAUAAUAAAGUUAAAUGUGUUUUAAUUUGUGAAUAUCCAAGGACUGAUUAUAUAGAUUAAAAUUUAUGAUACAAACUCAGCAUAUUAUUUUUUGUGUAAUUAGAACAUAUUUUUCUUUUUCAGGGUCAUAAAUUUGGUUUUCUUUUCAACUAUAGAUCUAAUUCUAGGUUUCAAUGCCAAUUGACCCCCAUCUCCAUAUAUUUUGGUUGGUAUGAUGGUAGCUACAGUGCUAAAACCCAUAGUUAAAAGGCAUUAGAUUUUUUCAAUUUUUGGAUGCUCAAGCUUUGCAACCCAGAACCCCCUACCCAAUAUCUUGGGAAUUUGGUGUUAAAUUGCAGUGUUGAUCGAGUUAUACUGUAUGUGCAUAAUGGUCCUUGUAAUUUCAUUGUUCUUGCCUUUAGACAAUAUAUUUUUGUAGAUGCUUCACAGAAAUAUCUAAUUAACCAAAUUAGGGAUGCUGAUAUUAUGACUACAUUAAUCUGUGUUUAAGUGUGGUCAUUCUAAGCCAAAUAAUGUUUGUGAAUUGUUAUUUGACCAAAUCAGUUUCUUUCAUCAUCUGCUAAUGAUGAUCAUGAUUAUGUGCUCUGUACUAUGUUAUUACUGUACAUCGUGUUUGUAAUGCAAUAUUAAUUUUUAACCAACAUAAAUAUAGCUAUUCAUGUUGAGGCAUGCAUACUUCUCUUUAUAUAUACUUGUUCUUAUUCCGCACUUAUGAAAAACAGCAUCAUAGUCUGCAGUGUAAUUGAUUUUAAAGUAGUUUUCUGUCCCCUGCUUUUUUCAUUUUCCUACCCCUCUCCCCUUGUAAUACAUAAAAUGGUUUUAAAAUACUAAUAAAUACCAAAUCCUUUGUCUUAGUCCUUUAUUCAUGUGUAGCAUGCAAUAUUAUGAAAUACUUUCAGUUUAAUACUAGGUUGCCAUUCAUAUUGCAUGCCCAAUCAACCUUUAUAAUAUAUAGAGUUCAAGAAUGCAUUAAAAAAGAUUUAGGAUUUGUAUCACGAUAACUCAUUGUAGAAAUAUUCUGGGAAAAUAUCCUGUGUUUUUUUCCAAAUGUAUUUAUUGAACAAUAAAUCAUUUUAACAGUA